AUGCCUCUAUGGCUUUCGGCCUGGAGCCGACCGCUACCGGUCCGUCUGAUUCUUCAGCUUAAAACUCUUCGGCCUCUCACGACAAGUUGUCGCCUACUUCAGUCAGCAGGUCGCAAGUCUACCUUCGUUCCAUCCCUACAGCAACUGGAGAUCGCGGAACUGUGUUCUUCUCAUAAUGUUGUGGUCUCAGCAAGGCCAGGGUCUGGCAAAACCGCCACGAUAGAAGCCAUUGCGGCGAAGCACCCGGACAAACGAAUUGGCAGCAUCCUCUUCUCAAAAAGACUCCAAAAUGAAACCUCUCGUCGCCUUGAAAGUUAUCAUAACAGUGAGACUUUCACUUUCCACGGUAUGGCGGGCAAGCUGUUGGGAAGAGUCGUGCAGAACGAUACAGAACUUCUCAAGCUACUUCGAGCGGUUGAUUGUAGCCGCAAGCUUCCCUUGUGGACUUCAGCGCCCUUUGACAUCAUCGUACUGGAUGAGUUUCAGGACUGUAAUCCAGAAACUUUUUGGCUAGCUGUGUGUUUUCUUCGGUCCAACAACGUCGCAAAGGGAGGCCAGCCCGCACGUAUUGUCGUGCUUGGCGACGAACGUCAAGCGAUAUAUCGUUUUCGCGGUGCAGAUCCGAGAUAUCUAACUCUAGCCCCAGAGAUGCUAGGUCCGAUAAGUCCUUACCCUUUCACCGAGAUUCAGCUAGGGAACAGUUUUCGAUUACCCAUACCGACAGUGGAAUUCAUCAACCAGGUUUUCUUGGGCGGAGAGCAAUAUAUCUCAAGCUCAAAGCAGGGCCCAAAACCCAUCGUCCUAAGGUGUAAUAUCCGGGACAGUCGCGCGAUGGCCAAAAAGCUAUUACCUCUGAUAAACCGCUAUGGGCCAAAGAAUUGUGCCAUCAUAGCACCUUUUAUCCGCGGUAGAAUUCCACUACAAGGACUGGUCAACACACUGGCUUGGGACUAUAAGAUUCCUAUAUCUGUACCUACUGAUGACGACGCGCCUCUUGACGAUAGGGUUAUCAAAGGAAAGCUGUGCCUCUCUACUAUUCACCAAUUUAAAGGUCGCGAGCGCCAACUAGUAAUACUUUGUGGCAUGGACUCGUCUUAUUUUGAGCGUUUAGGUCGCGAUCAGCCAGACGACAAAUGUCCUAAUGAAGUCUUUGUGGCCCUGACACGCGCUUUGGAACAGCUUGUCUUGGUGCACGAGGACGAUAAAUACAUGAUGCCUUGUGUAUCUGCCAAUGCUUUGUAUGACACGGCUGAUGUUACCGAUAUGACAGGUAACGAAACGAAUAUCUUACCAGGCUUGCCUGGUCGGCCUCUCCAGCUUGGGCUUCUCCUUCCAAGACUCUCUAAGGCCCGCGAAAUGAGCCGAUACAUUGAAGGGGACGCUCUGGAUAAAGUAGUCCGGCGCUUUUUGCGUGUCGAACCGCUUUCGCCGCGUUCGUCGGACCGCACAAGUAUUAACAUACAAAAUGUGGUCGCCUCCAACACGCAAAAGGGGUUCUUCGAAUCUGUAAGCGACAUAAACGGUCUUGUCAUUGCCGCCGCCCUAGAGCUUGCAAAUUCGAGAACACUGAGGUCUCUGGGUGUAUGGGAUAGACAAGUCAUCGAAGAUAUGCCCAGAGAUCCCCAACAACUGGUCUCCUGGCUUUGCCGCCGUGCCUGCGAGUACGAAGCCGAGAUAUCUGGCUAUCAACCACGUAUGAUACAAAUGGAACAUCAUAAAUUUGAUUGGAUGAAGUAUAAAGACCUUGAGCUUGCUCGGCGCCGACUUGGUAAAGAGUUGUUAGAUCCUGCAGGACACCUAGAGUUUGAGGUUGAAAUGGAGGAGAAAGAGUUCAAAGAGUUCAAGGACGACAAGCAGGAAACCAAGCUCAUUGGCCGAGCAGAUAUUGUCGCAUCUUCUCCUGACAACAAGCGCGGCAAGAAUGAUAAGACAAUCUGGGAAAUCAAGUUUGUUUCACAGCUAACCAACGAGCACAUCGUCCAGGCUUGUGUAUAUGGCUACUUAUUAGGGUCAUCGAAUAAGGAUGGGAAACUGCCACGCAUCAUAUUAUACAAUGUGAGGGAUGGAGACAAGCGCGAGAUCAUACCACGCGAUGGACUUGAUGGGUUGAAAAAGCUAAUCGUAGAUGUUAUGCGACUACGGUAUACAGCUACAAAGGAGGCUUCGCACGAAGAGUUCAUCCAGCGUUGUACUGAAACUAUGCAAAAAGUAAUGAACUUGAGCGAUGGCAGAAGCGAGGAAUGA